GAGGAAUAUGUUCUCUUUUUCUUUUAUGAUUAUUAUAAAAACAGAAUUGAUUGAUUAUUGAUUGAAAUCCUGAAUAUGUUCUGGAGAAUAUUAAUAUCUAUUUGGUUUAUGAUAUCAUUAUUCAUUACAAAUGGAAGAAUUGAAAUAACCGCUGAACAACUUAUAAAUGCACAUGAUCUGUUUGAUAAUAUUAGUAAAACAUAUCAACAAAUGAAAGAGGAACUUGAUAAUCUAACGCAGGAGGUAAAAGUAACUGACAUCACAGGUUCUGGAAAGAAAUCGAUUUCGAAUGGAUUAUUAACUGGUACUUCAAUUGCAUUAUUCACGAUCAUAACCUUGAGAUAAGCCUGUACAAUUCUAUUUCAAUAUAAAUACAUAUAUAUGGAUCAGAA